AUGGCAGGAGUGGUGGCAGAGGCCAAAUGUCCAAUCUGUCUGGAUCUUCUGAAAGAUCCCGUCACCACUAAGUGUGGACACAAUUUCUGCCGAUCCUGCAUGCAGAAGUCAUGGGAGGAGAAAUGUAACAGGGUCUCUUGCCCACUGUGUCAACAACUAUGUCAACACAAAAUAUUAAAGCAGAACAAUCAGCUGAGAAAUAUAUUGUAUGGAGCCAAAUUAUACCUCUUCAGCAUGGAAAUGAAGAAGAAAAAGACACCUCAGUGCAAGAAACACAAGCAGGUCCUCAACUUUUUCUGUGAGGAUGACCACAAGGUGCUGUGUGACCUCUGCACCAGGGUCCACUGGAGUUGCAAUGUGAAGCCCCUAAAGCAGAUUGCCUCUCAUCACAGAAAACAGAUCAUGGAUUAUGUGACUACUCUGAGGAAUCAAUUGGAUGACUAUACGAACUCCCGAGCCAUUCAAGAGAAAAAAGUAAAACAAGUGAAUCAGAGCAUUGCAAAGGUGUGGCAUAAAUUAAAUUAUGAAUGCAAACACAUGAAUCACUUUUUAGAAUGGCAGCACAACAUCUGUGUCUCUAGGGCAGCUUAUGUAGAGCGUGUUAAACAAAAAAUACAUAAAGAAACAUGUUCAAACUGUAUUUCUAUACGCACAUGUCUAAAACAGGAAGUGGCAGAGAGGAGUGUUAUAAUGGACAAUAUAAAAUUGCUGACGCGUAUCAAGAACAUCUAUAAUGUGUGUGAUAACCUCACCCCUCCAUCUUCCUCUUCCAUCCAGUUAAGUGAGAGAGAAGCCAAUCUUCCCCCAUUGUUCAAGCCUCUGAAGAAAAUUAAGGCUUUUAAAAGAGAUGUGACUCUGGAUCCUGAAACAGCACAUCCCAGCCUUCUAAUACCUGAAGUUAAAAAGUCGGUGACAUUUGUGAUGGAAAAGGAAAUACUUCUUCCUACUCUGAAGAGAUUUAGCACUUUCCCACUGGUCCUGGGAUCUGAAGGCUUCGAUUCAGGCAGGCAUUACUGGGAAGUGAGAGUGAAUGACAAGCCUGAAUGGAUGAAUGUCGCUCCAGAGGUGGAGAGGUGUAUCAGCUCGGCCAAAGCCCAAUGGUUCCGCUCCCCCAAUGAGGAAGGAACUCGGAUCUCUAAAGAGGACACGGUCCCUGUUUGCAGGCGGCAGGGAUACGGUUCCCUGACUGCAAGCAGCAUCCCACUGCCAGCUCAGAGCAGGGGAACGGACGAGAACGGGCGAUCAGAACUUAGGCUGGACCUCUGA